AUGCCUAUGACCGCGACAAAUUGGAUGAUCGAGAUAGAAUUCAAAAUACAUGGCCUUGGGCAUCUUCAUGGUGACGGAAUGGCAAUAUGGUUGACAGAAGAGCGGGCAAAGCCAGGAAAGGUCUUCGGGCAUACAGACAAUUUUAAUGGUUUAGGGAUCUUCAUCGAUACGUACAAGAACUCCAGGCCGGGUGUGGUGUUUCCCUACGUGAUGGCCAUGCUUGGGAACAGCUCAGUAUCGUACGACCAAGAUCAUGAUGGAAAAGACAACGAGAUGGCAGGAUGCUCGGCCCGUGGUAUCCGAGGUACCGACACGGUGCCUAAGAAGAUACGAAUGACCUACUACCAGGACACGUCACUCAAAGUCGAGCUUCAAUACAAAGCCGAAAAUGAAUGGACUGAAUGCUUCGAGACUGAAGCCUUCAAGCUCCCUCAGACCGCCUACCUUGGAUUCAGCGCUCAUACAGGCGAACUUACUGACAACCACGACAUCAUAUCCGUCAACUCUUAUAAUCUACACAUGCGUCAAAAUACGGGUUCAUCGAGGAGCAGCGAUAGAGGAUCGAAGGCUCAGGCUAAGCCGUACAAUCCCGGCGGGGACAAGGAGCGGGGAAGCUGGAGGUGGUUCCUCCUGAAAAUUGUACUUUUGGCGAUCGUGGUCGUGGGUGGGUACGUGGGGUAUACUAUGUACAGGGCAUCGAAUAGAGGCUCGAGGUUUUAA